CAACUGAAAAGACUAGUUUUCUCCACCGUUGAACACGUUGCGCCUGCUGCAUGCCCGACAUCGUCAGUUUAGUUCUUUCUGGUCCUAGGUAAGACUGGACUGAGUGUUCCUCUUGCUGCUGUUGAAGACGAUGAUUUUAGAUGUGCGCAAGAAUGACGGACGCAAGAGGCAUCAUUCACUGAUAUAACGAUCUCCCUGAAUGCAACUGAACGAACUGAAGAUCUGCAAAGCAAUGGAGCAAGAGUCAGUCGAGCAUGUACCAUGUGUACUGGACAGUGUACUUGUUGAUGUGUGGGAAGCAGCAGUGCUACCUAUGUUAUCACUUGCCGACAUCUUUCAGUUAUGUGGCGUUACGAGACGCGUCCGGGAGCUUCUGCACACUGAAGACAUUUUCAGGCGCCUAUGCCAGAAUCGCUAUCAGAUUAGUCCUUGCUUGGACCGCUCCUAUAUCCUAGUUGCCGAGCAUCUCUGGAUCGCCACCAGUGUAUCUAGUAUACACAAAAGCACGUAUUGGAGAGACGCUCACUGCGUUGUCGAUAGCGAUGAUUGUCAUGAUCAAAAAAAGGUCUUCGCACGAAAGGAUAGAAUGAUUGUGCAAUUGUCCGGCCUGGCGUUGAUGCCGCCUACAACAAGGGACCACACCAUUAUCCGAAUGAGCCCUCCGGAAUCGGAGCCUUUGAUCAAAACGCUCUGGCUGUUACCAGAAGGCGCUUGUUCCUACCUUCCGGACCUUUCAACUUCAUUGCUUGACGAACAAUGCAGAGUAAGGGAUGAGGAAGAGCGGGUCAGUUUAGGAGCUGCGACGAGUUUGUUGUUGGACAAUUGCGGCUCCCAUGAAGAGUACCAAACACGUAUCCUGGACAAACUAGAACGGGAUAUUCCAGCAACUGUAUCAUACGUUCCUUACGUGAACCGUUCUUGCAGGCUAGUCGAGCUUGCAAAAUGCUUUGAAAGCCUUGCAAGGAGCGAUCCAGAAUUGCUCUUAUCACUAAGAUGUGAGAAUCUGAUACCAACACUUCCUCAGCACAUUACUACUCGGUGGACCUAUAACCCGUACGACUAUCUAUUUAUCGACAUUAAUGAGGGUCACCUUCUUGGCCAUGACACGUUAGCGACCCAGAAUUGGAUCAACUUCACGGUAAAGCUGGCAGAGCUUCACUCCCUACUCAAGCUGGUGAUCAAGGGAAUCCUACGUGUUUCGCAGUUGGAGGAUUACUUCGUGGCUGUCAUGGAGUAUGACGAGUUGUGGCAAAGUCUAUCCGAGUCUAGUCGCCCCAGUCGGGAGAUUCUCUACUGUGAUCUGGGAAGCUACCUACUUUCCACAUUACCAACGUCGCAGUCUGAAAAGGAACUGACAAAAGAGGAACUUCUGAGCGCCAUGGAACAGUGUGGCAAGCCAACUGUAGUCUGUGUGUAGACACGGCUGUCCAUGACUGACUAGAUUACAUAAUGGCGUCUUUCCACCUGGUUUUGGAGAAGUUUUGAAAACUCGAUUCGGAUUGAUGAAUUUCUGUGAAUGGUAAAGAAACCAAGUUGGUUUUCAGUGUGAUCCGACAUGAAAAACGCAAGCAGUAGUCGCCGUUGUUUGAAUAUUUGAAAGAGCUGCAGUACAAUAUUUUUCUCGGAGCGAAAUAAGGAAAUACAAAAAUGAAGACAGACAUUGCUGUUACCUCGCUGUUUUCUUACUAAGUCUUGUUGACGAGGAGACUGGACCUUGGUGCUCGGAUUUCCUCUUCUGUCGACGAGGAGCCAGCGUACUUGGCUUCUUUGGUGGUUGUUAGUAGAUGCUGCUCGGCGACAACUUUCAGCCUGAGGAGGUCUCCUGGUAUGGUUUGCGUUGAGACUGGCGUGCAAGCUCUCUAGCUCCGUGAGCAGGCCCAGACCAACGCCAAGUUUCCUGAUGAGCAGUACCUCAUGAUUAGGCGUACUCAUGAUCCUCUAACACUAGUAACAGGUGGAGGUUUGACGUGAUGUUUCCAGCCGUGCCACAAAAUGUUGUCUAAAAACGAAAUGUUGUCUGCACACACUCAAGAAGCGCCGAACUAAUACUUCAAACUCCAGCUUAUCCUUCUCGUCUGCUGAAACUGCUGGCUGUAUUGUCUUGUUUUCAUAUAUGGUAGCGCAUGGUUUCCGGUAUUAUGUUUUCAUCUAACUUAGACUGACUUAGUCUUAGAACCUGCCCAGUUGGAAGGCUGUUGGAGUGCGCAUCCACGGCGUGCUUGAGCUGGUAUUCAAUUAGUUGUUGAGUGUCAGUACCGCCGGUCAGUUUCCUUUUGCAAUGUUAUCGCAUGAGCUGAUUGUUUAGUAACUGGUGGUGUUAGUGGACAUUAUAGCGUAACUAAAUAACUUGCAGUUCCUUGGUCCUUUCUUUAUUAUGCAUUGUAUUGUAUUUCAUUAUUUUACUUUGGCAUUCCCAACAGACCCUAAGGCCUUCUCACUAGCCCUUUCCCAAAGGUGCUCGCCCUUUUUGGCCCUUUUUGGAAAAGCCCGUUUCUUUCGCCCUUUAUUGCGUUUUUUGGUGAAUAUCUCCCUUUUUGAGCUUUUUA